AUGCCAUCUCUAUUAUACGCUAUUGUAGUGUCUCUUACUUUCUCACCUCUACUUGCUGAGGGAGUCUUCGUUCGUUCCACCUCGCGAUGUGCACCGAAGGAGUACUGGUGUCAGGAUCGAUGUGGCUCCGAUGACUACGGCGAUACGUGCUGCCAGACCCCUGAUGGGCAGCACAAUCUAUGCGGCCCCGGAACCAUUUGUUGCAUGUUUGGGUGCUGUCCAGCAGGGACGUCUUGCAAUGCUGUGGGCGGCUGUGAUCCACUCCCUGUAAACGCUCCCACUGGCAAUGUUUCCACGACGGAACCACCAUGUAUCUCAGGGAGCAGCUCCACGAGCAGUUUCAAGUCUUGCAACUUUUGCUCCUCUGCGAGCAAGUCCUCCUCUACUACUUCAUGCCCGCCCAUCACGGCAUCAGGGGAAUUUCCGCAAUGCUCCUUCACAGAAUGGCCGACGCCGACAACAAACAUCUCAUUGCCCCCGAGGCCGCCAACCUCGACCAGGACGCGGACCAGCAGCGGCACACUGGUAAGUGCCACAACUUGGACGGAACCAAACGGGGAUACUAUCGUGUCUAGCGGCUCCGUCAUUGUCAUUGGCACUAGCAGCUUCACGGUACCGACCGGGGUCACUACCAUGACAACCGGUGGCCAUACAUUCACCUUUGGAACACCCACGGCCACCACCACCGGGCAAACAGAUGCUACAAGCGGUACCAGUGCUACUGAUGGUGGCGGUACUACUACUAGUAGAAGUGGUAGCGGUACUACAAGUGCUACUGUUAUCUCCAGCUCAGGGGUCGUUAUCAUCGGAACAAACACGCCAAUUACCCUGCCAACUGUGUCUUCUCUGACAACUCUCACUACAGGAGGAGAAACCCCCGCACCGACGACAUGGACCAGGUCAGACGGCCAGACCGUUAUUUCUAGUUCGGGUGUCGUGAUCAUUGGAACCAAUACGCCCAUCACUCUGCCCAGAGAAACAUUUACCUUGUCUCCUACAUCUGGGACCCCCUCGCCUCCAACCUCUGGCCUCUCAGGCAGCGGAGCGCCAACAACGUGGACUAGGUCUGACGGUCAAACUGUUAUUUCUAGUUCAGGGAUUGUGAUCAUCGGAACCAACACGCCAAUUACCCUGCCCUCAGUCUCAUCCCUCACUACUCUGACAACUGGCGGAGAAACAUUCACUCUCUCGCCGCCUGCAUCCAUCACGACGACAUCCCCGAUCGCAACCACCUGGACCAGAUCUGAUGGCCAAACUGUCAUAUCCAGCUCUGGGGUUGUUGUGAUUGGCACAGGAACGCCCAUCACACUUCCCUCCGUCUCUUCCCUCACUACCUUAACAACCGGGGGAGAAACAUUCACUCUCUCCCCUACAACAUCCGCCCUCUCGUCCGCGACAUCCACUACGCCGACAUCGCCAGUUGCAACGACCUGGACCAGAUCCGACGGCCAAACUGUUAUCUCCAGCUCCGGACUUGUUGUAAUUGGCACAGGCUCACCCAUCACCCUCCCCACCGUCACGACACCCACAACCGUCACGACAGGCCCCAUCACGACCGCGACCUCGACAACAUCAACAUCGAACGUGGGGCCGCUGCCGACGUUCACAACCUGGCCACCUGAGGGUACUAUCGAGCCCAUCACCGAAGAGGUGGACGAACCAGAGGAAGACGAUGGAGGCAGCAGGGUUCCAUGUACCUUGUGGUUUUUCUUCAUUUGCAUCAGGACCGGCCCUAUAAUCAUUGGAGGUUGGUUCUGGAGGUUGCCACCAGGCAUCUACCCGCCCGGCCAGGAUCAUAAACCGACCUACUCGGAGGAGCCCACAGAAUGCCGAACCGAGACAGCCACAAUCUGCGCGACAACAUUCUCAGUAGGCCCGUCGACGACGAAUGUCGCGUCCACCUGCGCCGACAUCCUCGGCUGUCAAGUCACAGACUCAGCCACGACCAUGACCAUAACGAGUGCUUGCUCGACGGCCACCGUGACUGACUUCUUCGUGUCGUGCACCACAACCGCACCGGGCCAAUCCUCCUGCACCACCACCAGCAGCCGCGUUACCUCUGGCUGUUCGGUGUCGGCAACAGCCACGACAACUGUUGGAUCCGGAUCGUGCGUCCUCCACAGAACCAGCACCACCGAGAUCACAGAACUCGAGCCCCCAUCAUCAUCAACAACAGCACCCACCACUACUAGCACCAGCACCAGCACCAGCCGCACGUUCCUUACCGACCUCCCUACCCUGACCACAGGCUGGACCAACCCCUCUGGAAGCAGCUGCGCCUCCACGACAACCUACACCUCGUGCAUCUUCCCCGGCGGCCGGGAGGGCAUCUCCGUGUGCGCCCCCGCAACGACAUGCGCGUCCUGGGUAGCCACAGGAACCACCACCGCCACCACCACCAAUUCUCCAAGCCCAACCCGCACACCACUGGCCAUAAACCGCAAGAUGUGCUUCCCCGAAUCCCAUUUCCCCAACCACCCCGACAUCAACCCGUACUGGCAAGACAUCUUCAUUGUGUAUGCGUGCGGGCGGGACGACGUGGCGGCCAUCGACGUGGUGCUGGGCCCGGACAGCGAGCCGCUCGGGAUGAACACGGUCAUGAACGGCACGCCGUACUGGUACAGCGUGUCGUGGAUCCAAGGGUGCACGACCGACGUUGAGGAGCAGAGCGCGUGGAUGCCUGUUCCGGGGUCGGAGGAUACCUGCUAUAGCUUGUUGAGGGGAAAUUUUGCAAACUGUAACAAUGGUGGUGUGGGUGGUUAUGUCGAGGCGGGUUGUCUGAGAUAUGUGUUUGAGCCGUGCGACCCGGCUACGAGGGUCUGUCGGAGAUGAGGAAGAAAGGUUUUGCCCGGCACUUGGUGGUUGGAUAGAACUUAUUUCCCAACGGUCCAUACCUGUGGGUCAGGGACGUUGUACUGCAGUCCAUAGGACAUUGGCUCUUACCCCUUUCCUUCGUAACAUCUUUGUCGAUGUGGCCAAAGAAAGGAGCUUGACAUCCUGCCGGGCAGAGAAGACGCCGCUGUUGUGGGCUGGCAAGGCACAUAUCUCGAAUACUUCGCAGUCAGUUUCGUCCCGACCACAUUCGUCAAAGUGAUGCCAGCCAGAACGCGACGUUGCUUCCAAUGCGCUCGAAGCCAGUCCCUCAGGGCAUGUG